UAAGGAACAAUAAUCAUGCGCGCCUUCUUCGUCGCGGUUGUCGCCUUUGCUAUUACCGUGCAGGCUGGCGUCCGUCACGCGGCUGCCCCCGCCCUUCUCGUUGCCCCUGUGGCAAAGGUUGCUCACGCGCCCGUCAUUUCUCACUCCUACACGACCCAAACCGUGCACCACGCCGCCCCCGUGGCAAAGGUGGCUGCCACCUCAGUAGCAAAAGUAGCUGCCGCCCCUGUCCUAGCUGCUCCAGCUCCUAUCCUGGCUGCCCCAACUUCCGUCCUUGCUGCCCCAGCUCCCGUCCUGGCUGCCCCAGCCCCUGUCCUGGCUGCUUCAGCUCCUGUCCUGGCUGCUCCUGCCGUUGCUGCUCCGACAUUCUCAUACGCUCCAGCCUUAUCGUACGCCGCCCCCGUAACAAAGAUCGCUGCUGCCCCAGCCUUAUCGUAUGCCACCCCAGUGGCAAAGGUCCCUGUCGGCCCAGCCUUAUCGUAUGCCACCCCCUUGGCAAAGGUCCCUGCUGCCCCAGCCUUAUCCUAUGCCACCUCCGUGGCAAAGGUCGCUGCUGCCCCAGCCUUAUCGUAUGCCACCCCCGUGGCAAAGGUUGCUGCUGCUGCCCCGGCGGCUCCCCUUGCCUAUGCUGCUGCUGUUACGCCAACCUAUUUCGCUCCUAACCACUAUAAAGCUGUUGCCGCUCCAGCUUUGACUUACGGAGGAUUCCACUAUGGAGCCCCCGUUGAUGCGGUCAAGACCUUGUUUCGUUCUCACGCCUCACAAAUUACAACCACGUACAACGACGACACCACUUUUAUGAGUCUAAUAUGGGCGGCGCAUUCGCGCGAGACGCAACGGUUCGGCACCGCACGAAGAUACUGUAUUUUACCGCCCCGCGCAGAGCUUCAUCUUCGCCGGCAAAGCUCACGCCAGCGGAUCACCUACGAACCCCAGAAAUUGGUAAUGGACCAGCCGUGGCGAGGGGCGCCUGUACAAGCGGACGCCCCAUUGGCUUUAAAAGUCGUCCGACUAACGAAACCCUCAUUGUCUAAUUCGACAAGCUCCAAAACAGCAAUCAUGCUUGCCUUCCUCGUCGUCGCCGCUCUGGCUGGAGCCACCCAUGCUGGCAUCAGUCACGUUGCCGCUCCGAUCGCCGCUCCCGCACUUCUGGCUGCCCCUGUGGCGAAGGUCGCUCACGCUCCUGUUGUUGCUCACUCCUACUCGACCCACACUGUGCACGCCGCCCCCGUAGCAUACGCUGCCCCUAUCACGAAGGUGGCUGCCGCCCCCGUAGCAUACGCGGCACCUAUUACGAAAGUGGCUGCUGCCGCCCCCGUAGCAUACGCUGCUCCUAUUACAAAGGUGGCUGCCGCUCCCGUAUUGGCGGCCCCGGCCAUCGCUAAGGUUGCUGCCCCAGUCCUAGCAGCCCCUGCGUUGGCUGCUCCUGCGUUUGCUUCUCCAGCUCUGACUGCCCCGGCUCUCACGUACGCCGCCCCUGUGGCAAAAGUCGCUGCUCCCGCACUGAGUUAUGCCCGCGCCGCUCCUCUUGCCUAUGCAGCUGCCCCUGCUUACUUCGCUCAUGGUCAUUAUGGAGCAGUUGCCGCUCCUGCUCUCGGUUACGGCGGAUUCCACUACGCAGCUCCCGCACUUGCCACUAAGGCCCUCCUGUAAAUUUCGUUUUCCAUUCGAGUCAAUGAGGGAGAACUGCAUUAUAGAUUAUAAUUGAACUGAAUAGGGAAACAAAAUCGUGAUAAAUAGUACAUACGACUGUAGACGUAUACAAUAAAGCAGUAUCGUAUUGGCUAUAGAAAUCGUA